AUGGUUAUCGUGGACCCGAAGAAGUUCUCCAGCUGGACACGUCUUGUGAUGAUCACCGCGCGUGUCAUGUCACUGAGAGACCUACCAAAGAACCAGUGGGUGAAAGAACUGACGUCUCAACUUGCCAAGUUUCCAUCGCGACGAAGGAUCAAGGAAGCUGAAAUGUACUGGAUCCGCCAUGCACAGAGAGACGUCAACUUCGACGAUCACCACAUCAUGAAGCUGCAUCCCUUCCUAGACGAGGAGGACCAAGUCUACAGAGUCGGAGGUCGCGUCCAUAAAGCCCCACUCUCAUACGAUAUACGGCACCCGUACCUGUUGCCGAAGAAGAGCCACAUCAGUCUACUCAUAGCCAGAGAGAGACACAGACACGCACUGCAUGGUGGACACCUGAGGACGGCCGUAGAAAUCCGGACGACCUACUGGAUUCUCGGAGACGUCAACCUGUCCAGACAAGUUGUACGCAGUUGUAAGGUCUGCAGACGAUUCCGUGGUAGACCAUUGGACCAGCAGAUGGCCGAUCUGCCAGCCUUUCGAGUGAUGCCGUUCAGUCCUCCGUUCCACACUACGGUGGUGGAUUACUUGGGACCAGUGAACGUCAAGUUGAACCGUAACACCGUCACCAAGGGCUACUGUGCCGUCUUCACCUGCGCCGUUCUUCGAGCCGUACACCUGACCUGUGUACAAGACCUGACUACGUCUGCCUUCCUGCAAGCUCUCGAACGUUUUGUCAGCACCCGAGGAGCACCCGCACUCAUCGUCAGUGACAACGCCACGUGUUUCCGUGGGGCCGAUAACGAAGUCCGUGACCUACAGCUACGUUUAGAUCGACCGCAACUCCAAGCCGAGACGCAACGCUUCAACAUCGAGUGGAAGUUCGGACCUCCUGGUGGCCCUCAUCACCAGGGACUAGUCGAGAGAAUGGUCCAAGAAGUCAAGAAGUCGAUGCGCCACAUGAUACAGUCUGACAAACUCACCUUCGUUGAGUGGGAGACGAUCUUCUCGUUGAUCGCUGGUCUGCUGAACAGCCGUCCGAUUGGAACCUCGUCCUCGUCUCCACUUGAUGAACCGCCGAUAACGCCGAACCACUUCCUCAUCGGCCGAGGAAGUCUGCACAGUACACAGGUGCCGUGUGGAGAAUACGCUGGGAACAUCCGUAAACGUCGCGAGUUGUGUAACUCGAUGGUGGACAGUUUCUGGCGCCGUUGGAUGACGAACCUCCACAAGCUAUCUCCUCGUCAGAAGUGGGUUAAAGACCGAGACAACGUUGCUGUGGGAGAUGUCGUGGAUGACAACGCCAAACGUCGUCAACGUCAAGUACAGUGAUGGGAGCAUCUACAAGCGUCCAAUCGUCAAGCUGAUUCUCCUCAUGAAGAAGGACGAACUUUAGAGACUAGUGCAAAGAACUGACUGUUUGUUUGUCUGUUCAGACACUCAUGUGUUUAGUUCAGAAUUGUGUUCAGUUUGUGUUCAGAAUGA